UAAUCAUUUUGACAUUUGUUUGUCACGUUUGUGUUGUUUUCGCUUGUGGAUUUCUGUCUAUGAUUUAAAAUAAAAUCCCCAAAAAUUAUUACGUAGGCUGAAUAUCCACCUUUUCAACUUUCACCUGAAUUUUAGUUGAAAAUAAAAUGACUGAAGUUCAACUACAGGAAUUCAAACUGGACCCUGAUUCAGAGCUUCGUUUCGAAGUCGAAUCCAAGAACGAGAAAGUUGUUUUGGAGAUUAAAAGCGGUUACGCGGAACUGUUUGGUACCGAGCUUGUCAAAGGGAAGCCCUAUGAGUUCCAUACGGGAGCAAAAGUUGCGGUAUUCACGUGGCACGGCUGCACGGUGGAGCUGCGAGGUCGGACUGAAGUGAGCUACGUAGCAAAAGAGACCCCCAUGGUUGUCUACCUUAACGUCCAUGCUGCAUUAGAACAGCAGCGAGUAGCAGCGGAGCAGGAGAACACCAGAGGCCCAGUCACCAUGGUCGUGGGGCCCGGAGACGUCGGCAAAUCAACACUGACGAGGAUACUGCUCAACUACGCUGUGAGGAUGGGCCGGAGACCGAUAUAUGUGGACUUAGAUGUGGGACAGGGGCAGAUUAGUGUGCCGGGGACUAUUGGAGCCUUACUAGUGGAAAGGCCAGCAUCUAUAGAAGAAGGUUUCAGUCAACAGGCACCCCUAGUAUACCAUUUUGGGCACAAAUCACCUUCAGAAAAUUUAGAGCUUUACAAUACCAUAGUAUCCAGGCUAGCUGAGGUCAUUGCGGAGAGAUGCGAAAAUAAUAAGAAAGCGUCCACGUCAGGCGUGAUCAUUAAUACCUGUGGCUGGAUCAAGGGUGCUGGCUACAAGAUGCUGACGCACGCCGCUCAGGCCUUCGAGGUGGAUGUUAUAUUAGUAUUGGACAAUGAGAGAUUGUACAACGAGCUCAAAAGGGACAUGCCAAAGUUCGUCAAAGUCGUUUACUUACCAAAGAGUGGUGGGGUUGUGGAGCGUUCAAGCCAGGCCCGCGCCGAGGUCCGCGACUGCCGCAUACGAGAGUACUUCUACGGCAAGCGGACGCCCUACUACCCGCACUCUUUCGACGUCAAAUUCCAGGAUCUCAAGAUAUACAAGGUGGGUGCUCCGUCGCUGCCCGACUCGUGCAUGCCGCUGGGCAUGCGCGCCGAGGACGCGCUGACCAAGCUGGUCGCCGUCACCGUCACGCCCGCGCUCGCGCACCGCCUGCUCGCCGUCACGUUCGCGGCCGGCCCGGACGAUGACGCGCCAUGUUCCAAUCUAGCGGGGAUUGUGUGUGUGACCGCGGUAGACAUGGACCGACAGAUGCUCACCAUCCUCUCGCCGCAGCCGCGGCCGCUACCCAACACUGUGUUACUUCUCUCCGAACUGCAGUAUAUGGACAACCAUUAGUGCGUCCACACCGGGCGAACACGCUGCGAACUUGUUCGCAGUAACGCCAGAUAUGGACGGACAUCGCGGGAAUUCAGACAGAUAGACGCUCAAAUGGCCUAAACUCAUAGACUAAUAAUACAUUAAUUAUCAGUCCCCCUGACAUGCUUGUAACCAAAAUAGUCCUUAUUUUCGUAGGUGACAUCUAGCGUCAAGUAGCAGAUUUAUCAGUACCACUACUUGACACUAGAUGUCGCGACAAACGAACAAUUUACAACUAAUAUCACAAGCGGAAUGAGUUGAGAAUCAAGCCGGGCUAGCAUACAGCAUCUUGCGACGACCCGUCCCUCUUUUAUUAACAUAAAUAGUUAGAAAAAGGCGGGUAGUCUAUCACGCCGCGAGAUACUAUCGCGUCAAUCAUGUGCUUGGCCAAAGAGAAUAGAUAGCAUAGGGGGUCCUGUCAUAGUAAAUUUUGUAGUCACCGUAAAAUUACUGCCAUCAAUCGACACACAACUAAAACUCAAAAUAAACAAAAAAAUGUAUAUAUAUAUGGAUAAAUGAUUUUAUUAUUUUUAUAUCAUUUUUACCCAUGUUCAUUCCCUGAUAUCUAUGUGUUAAAAUUGUUAAAUAUGAAACGGGGUCGUCACGCCAUCUAGCCGAGGAUAGGCCAAAGGUGUGUGCGCCAUCUAUCCGAGAAUGACUUUUUCUUGAUUUCCGGGGCACGUGUUUUUCUUAGAUUUUAUUCAUCUUAUACGAAGUUAUAUAUGUCUUUGGCUUGGCCUAAAGUUUCGGUUUUAGUAUUAGUUGUAAACUGUUCGUUUGUCGCGACAUCUAGUGUCUAGAAGCGAUACUGAUAAAUCCGCUACUUGAUGCUAGUUGUCGACUACGAAAAUUAAUAGUAUUUUUUACAAGGAAGUCAAGGGGACCAGCCGUCUAUGUAUUAUUAGUCUAUGCUAAAGUAAACCUUAUGCCCUAGUAAUAAGAUUUACAAAUUGAUCGAAUCGGAUACAUUGUGUCAUAAGUAGUUCCCAUUCCUAGCCCUAGUUUUAGAAUUGAUAUGAUCUGCGAGGAUCUAAAUCUAAAACCCACAAGACUGUAAAUAAAUUAUAUUUUCUAAGAUGUAAUGAAAUUAAAUAGAAAAUUU